AUGGAGAAAAUGGCCAGGGUCACCACCGCCCUGGGGGGCAACACCCUCACGGGACGGACGAUGUUCUGCCACCUGGAUGCCCCCGCCAAUGCCAUCAGCGUGUGCCGCGAUGCUGCCCAGGUGGUGGUGGCCGGACGUAACAUCUUCAAGAUCUACUCCAUCGAGGAGGACCAGUUUGUGGAGAAGCUGAACCUCCGCGUCGGCCGCAAACCUUCCUUGAACUUCAGCUGCGCGGACGUGGUGUGGCACCAGAUGGACGAGAACCUGCUGGCCACCGCCGCCACCAACGGCGUGGUCGUCACCUGGAACCUGGGCAAGCCGUCCCGCAACAAGCAGGACCAGCUCUUCACCGAGCACAAGCGCACCGUCAACAAGGUCUGCUUCCACCCCACCGAGGUCUACAUGCUCCUUAGCGGUUCCCAGGAUGGCUACAUGAAAUGCUUCGACCUGCGCAAGAAGGACUCUGUCAGCACCUUUUCUGGUCAGUCGGAGAGCGUGCGUGAUGUCCAGUUCAGCAUCCGGGACUACUUCACCUUCGCCGCCACCUUUGAGAACGGAAAUGUGCAGCUGUGGGACAUCCGCCGGCCGGACCGCUACGAGAGGAUGUUCACGGCCCACAAUGGGCCCGUCUUCUGCUGCGACUGGCACCCAGAGGACAGGGGCUGGCUGGCAACAGGCGGCCGGGAUAAGAUGGUGAAGGUGUGGGACAUGAACACCACGCGGGCGAAGGAGAUUUACUGCGUGCAGACCAUCGCCUCCGUGGCCCGCGUGAAGUGGCGCCCAGAGUGCAAGCACCACAUCGCCACCUGCUCCAUGAUGGUGGACCACAACAUCUACGUCUGGGAUGUGCGGCGUCCCUUCAUCCCCUCCGCCAUGUUCGAGGAGCACAAGGACGUCACCACAGGCAUCGUGUGGCGUCACCUCCACGACCCCUAUUUCCUCCUGUCGGGCUCUAAGGACAGCACCCUCUACCAGCACAUCUUCAAGGACGCUAGCCAACCCAUCGACCGGGCCAACCCCGAGGGGUUGUGCUACAGCCUCUACGGAGACCUGGCCUUUGCCGCCAAGGAGAGCCUCAUCUCCUCCGACUCCAACCGCAAGCCCUACAUCGGUGACCGGCGCCACCCCAUCUUCUUCAAGCGCAAGCUGGACCCCACGGAGCAGUUUGAGUACAUCUCCUCCUCCAGCACCCUCAGUGUCUUCGAGACGGACGUGGAGAGCGGCAGCAUGGACUGGUUCGUGCACACCGCCAAGCAGUACGCGCUGGCCGGCAGGCCCCUGGCCGAGCUCUGUGACCACAACGCCAAGGUGGCCAAGGGCUUGGACCGCAACCAGGUGGCUCAAACAUGGACGAUGCUGCGAAUUAUCUAUUCCAGCCUCGGCACAGUGUCGUCCACCAACCUCAACCACAGCAUGGGGAAAGGCAGCACGGCCCUCCCGCUAAUGAACAGCUUUAACCUGAAGGACAUCCCCUCUGGGCUGGGCAGCGAGUCAAGACUGGACCGCAGCAAAGGAGAAAGCCGCACAGAGAACAUCCUCAUGGAUUCCUCCUCCACUCUGAUCAACAACGAGGACAAUGAGGAGACGGAGGGCAGCGAUGUCCCUGCAGACUAUCUGCUGGGAGAUGUGGAAGCAGAUGAGGAUGACCUGUACAUGAUGGAUCAUGAGAACCCGCACGCUGAAGAGCAGGAAUACAGCCUUCCCCAAGAAGCCUUCCCCCUGCGCCAUGAGAUUGUGGACAACCCGUCAGCCUUGGACCACCUGCAAGACAAGGCUGACUCCCCUCACGUCAGUGGCAACGAGGCUGAGACGGUGUCACUGACACCCGUGGAGUCCUUCUCCCUCAUCUCCAUCUCCCACUCGCUCUACGAGAACCGCCUGCCCUCUGACUUCUUCAACCCCAUCGUGCGGGACACACUCCUCUUCUACGCCGAGCAGGGUGACGUGCAGACGGCCGUGUCCGUCCUCAUCGUGCUGGGAGACCGCAUCCGCAAGGAGAUCGAUGAGCAGACCCAAGAGCACUGGUACACGUCCUACAUCGACCUGCUGCAGCGCUUCCAGCUCUGGAACAUCUCCAACGAGGUGAUCAAGCUGAGCACGUGCCGGGCCAUCAACUGCCUCAACCAGGCCUCCACCACCCUGCACGUCAACUGCAGCAACUGCAAGCGACCCAUGAGCAACAGGGGCUGGAUCUGCGACAGGUGUCGGCAGUGCGCCAGCAUGUGUGCCGUCUGUCACCACGUGGUGAAGGGGCUCUUCGUCUGGUGCCAGGGCUGCAGCCACGGCGGCCACCUCCAGCACAUCAUGAAGUGGCUGGAGACCAGCUCCCACUGCCCCGCCGGCUGUGGCCACCUCUGCGAGUACACCUGAGCCCCUCGCCGGCCGG